AUGGGGCGGCUACUGCAGACAGCCAUGGCUGAGGCUGCGGGGGGCGCAUGUGCCGCAGUGCUGGCAGAGUCGGUGUUGUACGCCGUCGACUCGGCCAAAGUUCGCGCUCAGGCUCUGGAGAUUGCAGGUGCAAGCAACUGGAAAAUUCUCUUCCGAGGCAUGGUGCCGACUAUCGCCUUAGGAUCCGUUCCUGUGUUUGGAUCUUUCUUCUUCUGCUUUGCUCCGAUGAAAGUCAAGCUCCAAGAUUACGAUUGGGAGGUCCUCAUUCCUUGUGCCUCGGCCAUCUGUGCAGUUCCAGCAACACUCGUCGGGGUUCCAGCGGAUGUCCUCAAGAAGCGGCUGGUCUUGGGCAUCGAUGCCAACGCUGGCAAAGCUAUUUCGCACAUUUUGUCAGUACAAGGCUGGAGAGGGUUUUUCGUUGGUUGGCAUGUCAACUUGAUCAAGGACCUCCCCUUCGCCGGUGUCAAAAUUGGCUUUUAUGAAAUGUUCGUCUCACAAUGGAGAGCUUGGCAUGGGCUUCCAAAAAGUGAGGCCAUGAGUCCAUCAGGAGCUGCUUUCUGUGGAGUCGCUUCAGGCAUUGCCUGUGGCAUUCUCACCUGUCCACUGGACGUCAUCAACACGCGAAUAAAGGCGGACAGCUCCUCCAGAUCCAUCCUGCACGUUGCAAGUUCCACACUGCAGACAGAAGGUGUUGCGGCCUUUUUCCGUGGUGUUGCCAUGAGAUCCUUCGUGUUGGCCGUAGGUUCGUCGAUCUUUUGGCCCAUUCAGCACGGAGUAUCCAGUCAGCUGCAAGCCUAG